AUGGGUAAAGACAAAGUUAACAGGAUUCGAAGGAUCAUGAAUGAGAACCAUGCUGAUAUCUUUGCACUUGUAGAGACGAGAGCUAAUGAUGUUUGCAUUCACCGCCUUUGUAGCCAUUUUGCUAAGCUCUGGAAUUGGGUUGCAAUUCCAGCUCUUGGUUAUUCUGGAGCGAUUAUUCUUUUCUGGCGAAAAACACUUGGCAGGAUUUCUCUUGUUGCUCAUUCUCACCGUGCCCUGCAUCUAAUAUUUUCUUCUUCUGCAGAUCAUCCCUGGAUCAUCUCGGUGGUGUAUAAUGCUCAGCAAGUUGCAAUCCAACGUAAGCUUUGGAAGGAGCUUGCGUUGCUACCGAAACUUGAUCUUCCUUGGAUUGUCUUGGGUGAUUUCAACGCUAUCACUUCGUCCUCUGAACAUAAGGGGAGUAAUUUCAAUUAUUAUGCUAGAAAGACUUUUUUCUUCACUAAAUUUAUUUCUGAUAAUGCCCUUUUUGAUGUUAGUUUUUCUGGUGCUUCGUUUUCUUGGUGUAAUGGGCAACAAGGUCUUGCGAGGCGGUGGGCUCAUCUUGACAGAUGCCUGGUCAAUGAUCUUUGGUUAGCGUGUUCUAACUCUAUUCAUAUUAAAUACUUGCCUAAGAUCUUCUCUGAUCAUUCUCCCAUGCUUAUUAGUAUUGCUGAUGCCAAUCGUAUUCCUCGUGGCAUCUUUCGCUUUGAAAAUUAUUGGUUGGAGUAUGCUAAUUAUAUUUCAGAAAUCCGUAAAGCCUUAUCUCGCACUGCCCAUUCUAACCCUAUGCAUGCUUUCUAUCAUAUUUUGGCUCAGGUUAGACGUUGUGUGUGUGAGAUUAGGCAUUUGGGUCUGGGUGCUCUUGAUAGGGAAAUUAAGAUAAUUGAAGGUCAGCUCCAAGCUCUAGAAGUCAAUGAUAGAUUAAGCUCCAAUUUUGACCCGAUCUCUUUCAGGGGUUUACAGAACAGAUAUAGAGCUUUGUUGAGACAGUAUCACAGCAGGUGGGCUCAAAAAUCUAGGUUAAAUUGGGUUAUGAGUGGGGAUAUGAACUCGGCUUUCUUUCACAAGAAUGUUAGGGUUCGUAGACACCAUAAUGCCAUUUUAACCAUUUCUGAUUCCAAUGGCAGGUGCCUUAGUGAUUCUCAACAAAUUGAAACUGCUUUCCUGGACCAUUUUUCCAAUCUUUGGAAUAUUUCUGAUCCUAGGUCUAUUGAUUUGGUUGUAGAAGCUUUACCCCCUGAUUUACCUACUCUUUCUAAUGAUCAGCAAAUUUCUUUAUCUAGGUUUGUUACUAAGGAGGAAAUUUACUCUACCUUUCUCUCCAUCCCUGGUGGUAAAUCUCCGGGUCCUGAUGGAAUGAAUGUUGAAUUUUAUAAAUUCUUUUGGACUGACAUUGAGAAUCACUUGGUUCCUGCUAUUGAAUAUUUUUUUCAGAAUGCUGUGAUGCCUAGAGCUUGGGGCAAAACCUAUAUUACUCUAAUUCCUAAGAAAGAGCACCCUAAAUUUACUUCUGAUUUUCGCCCGAUCUCAUUGUGCAAUGUUGCUUAUAAGAUUGUUACUAAGAUUCUUGCCAAUCGUAUCAAAACUGUCAUUGCCUGUUUGGUUGGUAAAGAGCAAAGUGGUUUUGUGCCGGGUCGCUCUCCUGUUGACAACAUUAUUGCAGUUCAAGAGAUUAUCCACUCUAUUAAUCAGGAGAGGACCUUCCCCCCUAGGAUGAUGAUCAAGGUGGACAUCGAGAAGGCUUAUGAUACCCUAAAUUGGAACAUCAUUUUGGCCACGUUAAUUAAAAUGAAUUUCCCUCGCGUCUGGAUUUCUUACAUUAAGGCUUGUCUUGAAGCUACCUCUUUUUCUAUUCUCUUGAAUGGGAAGCCUUCCCGUUGGUUCAGACCCUCCCGUGGGGUCAGACAAGGGGACCCUCUUUCACCCUACAUUUUCAUUUUGGUUGCUCAAAAUCUUACUGCUAUUAUGAAUCAUGCCCAAUCCCUUGGUCUUAUCCCAGGUUACUCUAAUUUAUUGACUCAUAACUUCAAUCACCUUAUGUAUGCUGAUGACCUGAUUUUGAUCAUCACUGCUUCUAGAAAGGCUGCCAGAAAUAUUGUUACUUGCUUAAAUCUCUAUGCUCAACUCUCUGACCAGGUUCCGAAUAAGUCUAAAUAUGAGGUUUUCCUUCCUCAUUGGUUUAACAAAUGGGUUUCUACUCGUAUCUGCUCUAUUCUCAAGUUUAAGUUAGGCAAAUCUCCUUUUACUUACUUGGGUGUGCUUAUUUCUCCUAAACGCCUUGCUGUUGCUCAUUUUGAAUUCAUGGUUAACCGGCUUAAUGCUGUUGUAGCCAAUUGGGGUAAAUCCAAACUCUCUAAGGCUGUGUACCCCAUUCCUGAUAAUGUCCUUAAUAAGUUAUCCAUGAUUGCUAGGAAAUUCCUAUGGGCUAACUAUGAUCAUGGUCAGGGGAUGCCUAUGCCUCCGCAGAAUUGCUCGGCUUUUUUCCGUGGUCUUUGCGGCAAUGCCAAUGUUCUUAAACCUUUCCUGUGGAUUAACUGCCUUAACCCAUAUCAUCCUUGGAUUUUUGACAUACCUAUUGCCUUUAAACCGGUUUUCUUUAACAUGGAUAUGCCUGUUGAGGAUCUUCGCAUUGGUGAUUGUUUAAAUAAUUGUAAUUGGAAUGUGACAGCUCUUAAUCUUAUUUUUGGUUCCAAUUGGAAUUCUCCAAUCUUGUCUCAUGGUAAGAUUAGUGUUGAUGGUGAUUCUCACUGGGUUUGGUUUCCAGAAUCACAUGGUACUAAACUUUCUUCUAACAUCUACAAGUUUCUUAACAAGAACCCAUGCUUUGAGCAGCAGUGGAUUGGCUGGUCUAAUAUCUGGAAACUUCGUGUUGCUCCUAAAACUAAAACUUUUAUCUGGAUGUUGAUGCAUAACAAAAUUAAAACUUAUGAAUUUAUGUAUCGGCUAAACCUUGGUCCUCCUGAUCCAUGUGUGUUUUGUGGUUUGGUUUUACAAAGCUUUGAUCAUCUUUUUAAAUAUUGCCAUGUUAGUGUUCGGGUUUGGAAGACUGUUGAAACUCUUGCUGACAUUACUGUCAAUCUUCUCAAUUUGGUUGAUGGUGGUGUUUGGCUUGAUUUCAGUUCCAAUGGUAACUCUUUAUUUUUGGCUUCUCUUAUUGCUGCUACUCUUUGGCAAAUUUGGAAAAGCAGAUGUAACUUGAUUUUUAGGCAUGAUUCCCUGGAUAUUUCCAAGAUGGCUAAUCUGGUGAUUCUUCAUGUUAAGGAUUUUGCUGUCAGCUCUAAUAGUCAUUUGAUGCGGAAUUAUAUGAUGAACAACAAACCUUGCCCUGGUGCUUUAGGUGUUUUCUCUGCUGCAGCUUGGAACAUUGCUACAGGUAAGGGUGGUUUGGGCUUCAUGGUUAUCAAUUCUAAUGUCACUGUGUGCUGUGCAGGUUUUUGCCCCUCUAGUCUGGCCGAUAGUUUAGAUAUGAAUUUGAAGGCUCUUUGCUGGGCUCUGGAUUAUAUCAUUAUUUCAAGGGAGUGCUGUUCCAACAUCUUCAUCAGCUCUGAGGACCUUUGGAAGAAGAUUAACAAUAACGAGGGCUUAGUUUCUUGGCGGCAUGAUAUAUCCUUGGAUUGUCUGCGCCGGCUUCUUCUUCAGUUGAAUCAGCCUCGGAUUGAUGCUAUACCUCAUUACUGGAAUCGGGUUGCUGCGGCAUUGGCUGGCCAUGGGAUGCAAGCUUCUCAACUUUCACUCUUUCAUAUGGGAAUGGAAAAGCCAAAAUGGCUGAUGAAAUUAUCUCAUCAAUCUGGCUUUGCUAUUUAG